UCGUCGUUUGCUCCCUCCCGCCUGGCCAUCUUGAACCUGUUGCUCGUUCCAGCUUUCCAUCAUGAGGCAACAGCGGCUGCGACCGGUUCUUCUGCUCAUAGGGUUGCUUUCGUUCCUCGUACCCCAUAGCCCUGGCUAUGGCGGUGGUGCCAUGGCGCCAUUUGCACGAAUUGUGCCUAGCGCAGCGGCGGCGGCACCGACCACACCAGAAGCUCGUCUGCGCGAUGCUGUGACUAAGCGUGUCACGACGGUCUUACGACUGACAUCUGACCUGCGCUUGACUGCUGAUUUGCCUGCAGUGACGUGCCCUAAUCUAACUGUCACGGGCAACUGCAGGACGGUGAAGGGACGAUCUCGAAGAUGCAAGAUCGACGGUAGGAAGCGGUUUGCCGGCUUCUUCUUCAUGAGAGAAGGCAAUCUAACCCUGAGUAACCUUGAGGUUACCGGGUUUGCCUCCAAGAGCGGGAAGGACAACCUAUUCGUUCGCAGCGUCGGCGGCGCAAUAACGGUCCGCAACUGUCUCUUCACGAAGAACAGCGGAGGUGUUAUCGAUGUGACCACUGGCUACGGACUGAAGGUCGAGGGCUCGAGCUUCGUCAGAAACGAAGGCGGCGUAAUCAACGUGGCAUACAGCACGAUGGAGGCGAAAGACGUUCUCUUUCAAGCUAAUACAGGCGUCACAGCUAUUGGACUAGUUAGGACAGGGUUGAUAUGUCGGAGAUGUGUGUUCGAGAACAACACUGCGCAGACACAGGCAGCGGCUGUGGGAGUCGGAUCGGCGGGGAGCAUAAGAUUUUCCCGCUGUCGGUUCAUCGGCAAUACCGUGACGGAAGUGGGAGGACGAGGAGGGGCAGUGAUUGUUCAGGGCUCCUAUGGGCAAUUCUGCCACUGUCAGUUUGAAAGGAACACCAUCAAGGUUGCGGGAGGGAAAACGAGAAUCGAACACGUGUACCUCAAUGGGGGGUUGGGGGACUUCUGUGAGAAGGUCCCCUCGACUGGCGUGAAUUUCGACGUUGGAGAAGCGAAGGUGAAUUGCAAAAGCUGCCCUUCGGCUUGAUAAGAAGGCUGAUCAGUUCCGAUCAUAUCAGCGCUGGAAGGAGACUCCGAGGUAACCUUGCU